CCACAAGUUUCUUAAGGGAUCUCGAUUCCCCAGACAGCGUACAACUGUAAUUCUCCCAGUUUUUUAAAGCUCAAACAGUUGAAAAUAAAGAUCAAAUGGUUGCCCCAACUCAAAUAACACGCAAGUGUGUCUUAAUUCAUCCACAAGUUGCAUAGAUUACAGAAAAAUCUGCCCAUUGAGAUGACAAAGCAAGUACUGUUUCUUGAUUCAUCCUCAAGUUGCAUUGACUACAGGAUAAGUUUCGUAGCAUGAAUGAGGUGAAUGAUAUUUCUCAAGAUUCCUAUUUCCUUUCCCCAAAAUAAAAAUGUCGAAGUUGCAAAUCAUUUACAUAUUAAAUGCGCAAGUUGUUGCAAUGGGUUCCACCAGAAUUAAAAGUCUGGCAACAAGCACUGGGGAUGCACGUUCUGCAGACGAAAAAAUAAAAUAAAAUAAUUCGUGCGCCAACAUUUUCUACACGCUAGAAAAAGAAAAAAAACAAAGAAUUGUCCUGCUCGGAUAGAUCAAAGUAGGCCCAGGUAGCCGCAAACGGCAGGGAUUCACAUGUGACGUGCCCUGUAUUUCCUGGUUGUUCCUUUGUACGUUUCAAGAGAACGCUUGAGGAUUCCACAUUUUGUUCUGACCUGGUAAAACAGAGACGGCUUCUUUCCCAAAUUAAAGCACCGUGCGACACGUUUUUCAGAUGCUGUAUUAAGAAUCUCGGUGAAUAUAUUGUGCUAGUUUCUGAAGCCGGCAAUCAUCUGCACUCUCCGACCAAAAUCUAAGAAUAGAAAGGAGGGACAAACAUCCUUCAAUAAGUUGUCGUGACAUGUCAAGAGUUGACUUCAAAACCACGAAAAUUUCAUAGCUUUGCCAUCGUUGAAGCGGCCGCCGUUUAAAUUUCCAUUCCCCCUCUGUAUUCCACGGGGAAACUGCACUGUAAGUAACCCCUGAAGUUCCCAAGAAAUCUCUUCCUCAUUCCCACACAAAAAUCCCUCUUAUUUUCUGUAUCUACGCCAUUACUAAGCACUACAAUCCAAUCUACUAACCCACCAUGUCGAAGCAAAAUCCACCACCGUUCAUCCUGGAAAUCACUGUACUGUCGGCGGAGGGAUUGGAGACCACCUCUUCUUCAACUCUCUUUUCCCGCCGUAUCAGGCCCUUCAUCACCUUCACCACGGUUCCACCCAGUCCCUUCAGCCCCAACAAGAGCAAUAAUAAGAAGUGCCACGUGUACAAAACAAGGGUGGAUGAUAAAGGCGGCAUCAAUCCCACCUGGGGUGACAAGUUCCGGGUCCCUCUGGACACAGCCUUCUUUGCAAACAGAUUCUCCGCCAUUUAUCUCCAUCUCUUCACCAAGAGGCUCGUUGUGGGACAAGUCCAACUUGGUUGGUUUCAUAUUCCGGUCUACGACAUGGGGUCACCACCAGUUGGGUCGGUUCGGUACUUGAGUUACCGGCUGCGUGCCAGAGACGGCUCAAGGUGCCGGGGGAUUGUCAAUCUUUCCAUAAAGUUAGAAACUUUAGCCUCUGUUGCCGGCCAAAGAGUCCCAGGUUGGGGUUCACCGAUGGUUGACAUGUGUCGCACCGUGAUUGGCAUACCGGCAACGUUGUUCAGGCAUAUACAGGUAAGAGUGAGUGAGUGAGUGAGUGAGGGGACUGUUUCAAGCAGAGUUAGGUUUUACUUGAAAACAUGUCCGGGCGUUUUGACGGGUUGAGUGUUGUUGAACAGUGCCAAGUGGCUCGUGGGAAAUCCAGUUGUUUGGAACUCACCAAUAAUCAGUGAACAGAUGUAGAAAAUAUACCGUAUCAAUCAAUCAUUUGGGGGGUCGGGUUUGCACUCUGAUUUCUGCAUAUGUUAAAAAACAGGGGCCAUUAUCGUACGUCUCUAAACAGGUCUGAGACAAAAGCAUGACUGUUUCUUAUAAAGAACUACGCAAUUAUUACUGAGUUCUGAUUUUGGUUUUGAGUACACUGACGGUUGAUUACUAUAUUAAGAAUGGCUGUUUUUCCCA